AAGCCAAAGAGGCAACGCAAAGAAAUCUGUCCCAAUAUAAGUUGGAAGAGAAAACCCUAACACUGACGACGAUCCAAUGGAGCGCGAUGAAGACGCGGUGGGGACGAUGAUGGAGAUGUGCCCCAACGGCGGCGAAGUGACGGCCGCUCGGAGGCCGAUAAUCAGCGGGGAGCCGCUCGAUAUCGAGGCGUACGCGGCGCUAUACAGUGGCCGGACGAAGAUCAUGCGGCUGCUGUUCAUCGCCGACCACUGCGGCGACAACCAGACGAUGCAGCUUGAGGCGGUGAGAAUGGCGUACGACGAGAUCAAAAAGGGAGAGAACACGCAGCUCUUCAGAGAUGUCGUGAAUAAGAUUAAUGGAAGACUUGGGGAUAAGUAUGACAUGGAUUCCGCCUGGUGCGAGUCCGUCGAUCGUCGGGCGGACCAAAGGAAGGGAAAGCUUGAGAAUGAGCUGAGCUCGUAUCGGACAAAUCUGAUCAAAGAAAGCAUCAGGAUGGGUUAUAACGAUUUUGGAGACUUUUACUACGCUCGCGGUUUUCUUGGGGAGGCCUUUAAGAGUUACGUCCGUACGCGUGACUAUUGCACAACUGCAAAGCAUAUUAUCCACAUGUGCGCAAACGUGAUUCUAGUCAGCAUCGAGAUGGGUCAGUUUACUCAUGUGACGAGCUAUGUGAGCAAAGCAGAGCAAACUUCGGAGACCCUUGACCCUAUCAUGGUUGCAAAACUACGAUGUGCCUCUGGACUCGCCCACUUGGAGGUUAGAAAGUACAAGCUCGCUGCCCGUAAGUUCUUGGAAGUUAAUCCAGAACUUGGAAACUCAUACAAUGAGGUUAUUGCUCCUCAAGAUGUUGCUACCUAUGGUGGACUCUGUGCCCUUGCAAGCUUCGAUCGGUCAGAACUAAAGCAAAAAGUCAUUGACAAUAUAAACUUUCGAAAUUUCUUGGAGCUAGUACCCGAAGUUAGGGAGCUUAUUAAUGAUUUCUAUUCGAGCCGGUAUGCUUCCUGUCUGGAGUACCUCGAAAAUCUCAAAGCGAAUUUACUGCUCGACAUACAUCUUCAUGAUCAUGUGGAGACACUGUAUGAUCAGAUACGGAAGAAGGCUCUCGUCCAGUACACACUUCCAUUUGUGUCUGUUGAUUUGAGCAUGAUGGCAGAUGCAUUCAAGACCAGCGUUUCUGGGCUAGUGAAGGAACUUGAAGCCUUGAUCACAGACAACCAGAUACAGGCUCGGAUUGAUUCGCAUAACAAGGUCCUGUAUGCAAGGCAUGCGGACCAAAGGAAUGCAACAUUCCAAAGGGUUCUUCAGACAGGAGGUGAGUUCGAUAGAGAUGUGAGGGCAAUGCUGUUGAGGGCCAACCUUCUGAAACACGAGUUCCAUGUCCGAGCUGCAAGGAAACAUUGAGCUCGCACCCACAUGGUGUCGGAGGGAUGAGUUAUGGGUAUGUCAGAUCAGAUCCAGGAGGGGGUUGAGAGUAUAUUAUAUUUGUAGCGUUUCUCUGCUGUCUAUUGGUAUAUGCUUCUGAUAACCAUGUUUGCAAAGUUUACAACUGAAGACAGAUAGCGUUUCUCACCUGUUCCCGUAUCAGUCAUAUGUCUUGAGUUCCUUGCGAUCUUCACUUUAAUUGAAUCCAUAGCGAUCAAAUGCAUUUGUUUCGCAUUGAAAUGCAAA